UGCAGCCCAAACGAGUUAAUAUGAAGGAGAACACUGACAGUAUUUAGAAAGAUGCCAGAAGCCAAUGGACGAUCCAAUAGAUAAUUCCGAAGAGAACCCCGAACAAAGAACUGUUAUCGUGGGGCAACAUUCUCACGACACGAACAGUGCGCCAUCCGAAUCAACAACUGUUGAAUCAACCCCGAGCAUCCCACCAACAGAUUCGACAGCUGAGAAUAUUGAUGUCGAACACAAAGAGACAGAAGCUCCGCUAUCAAACACAACUAUCCUACGACGGAUUGAAGCUGAGUCUGCACCUAGCAACGCAACUCUCGACAAUGAAGGCAGCGAAAAGCCAAAACGACAUGGACGAUCUCGAUCGACCUCUGUAACAUUCCAGAUUGACAGUUCAACUGCGGCUGGAAGGAAGGGGAGACCGCGGACGAAAUCUGAUACCACAGUAAAAUCCAAGAGUUCGAACGGUCUCGUCUCACCGCCUUCUAUUAUCUCCGAAAGCACGUUAAAAGUUCCGAUUUUUGAUGGAAGACAUACCAAUGAUAAUCCAAUAGCCUCAGCUAGUGGAGUAACAGACAAUGAGGGUGAAGUUGAAAGCACGAAAAUCGAUAGAGUGGCACCUGAAGAGAACAAUGUGGAGCCUGAUGCAACUGCAGAGCUGGCCGAAUCACCAGGCACGUCUGAUGAAGUUCCUAGUGCGAUAAAUGGUCCGAAGCAUUCCCUGCUGCCAUCUCCCGUAAGUGGAGAGAAAGUAAAAAAAGGGCGCUCACAUACUCUAGCACACUCAUCACUUCAUCGAUCUCACUCUGAUGCCGGAAAACGAUCGUCCACGAGAACGAUUGACAAGGCACGAAGGCCUGCUUCCGAAGUUAGGUCAGAAAAGAAAGUGUCUAGCAGCACUUUUGGUGUCCUUAUAGUCGAGCCUGUAGGGCCUGACUCAACAGAAGGCGGUGUCGAGGUACCACAAGGGGGUACCAGCAAUGCGACUCCUGCGUCUGGAGUUGCAUCGCGUUUUGCAGAACAUAAUACUCGCGGCAACGAGAUAAACCGCAUUUCCGUGGCAACCACAGAGUCGGAUAACACGACCGAACGACGUCCUAGUAGUGUUACCCGACCACGUCGAGUGUCUUUCGCAGAGAGCGCUAUUGCGCCCUCCGAAGAGAACCUUUCCAGUAGUUGUGAAUCAAUGGGCUCCGAAAAAGAUGCUCAGGAGAUAGGUUCUCCGGAAACUAUUAUAUCGGAAGAUGACCAUGAAGUACCAGAGGUGAACGUUGAAGUACCACCUGCCCUCGAUGACGCGCCAGACUCCCAACGGUUACCCGAGAAUGAAACAUCAGCUCAUGAAUCUGACAACAGUGUGGCAAGUAACUCAACACCUCUUCAGGUGCCGGAUGUUAUCGAAGACCCCCCGACCUCGAGUCUUAUGGAAACCCCGCAACUCAGGCCGUCCGAGCUGGCACCUGGGACUACGCUUCGGGUUCUCGUUGCGCAUCAGGCAUCAGACGCUGAGGAACUGGAACUGGAGGCAGGAGAUCUCGUCGAGCUGGACCUUACUCCUGGAUCAGAUUCAGAGUAUUGGUGGUAUGGGACGAACCGCUCAUGGGGUCCAAAUAAUGGACAGCAGGGAUUUUUCCCUGCCGAAUGCGUGAAGGUAGAAACAUGGGAGGGCUCUCGUGAGAUAUCACACGACGCGCCUUCCAUAGUAAUUGCCAGUAAUGGGAUAUCAGAUAUCCCAGUAGAGGUUGCUGUUCCAUCGGAGCCCUCCAUAUACGGAGAAGUAGAGCAAUCGGUAGAAGACGAGGAAAAACAAUGUGUGAUACCGACUCGUGUUCCUCCGGGAACUAAAGUAACGGUAACUCACGUAUAUGAACGGACAAAAGCUGAUGAGCUAGACCUGACCCUCGGCGAAACAAUUGUCGUGAUGGAGGCUCCGGAAGGUGGUUGGUGGAGGGGAAUGAAAAACCUGGGCGGCAAAGAAGCGCAAUCUGGAUGGUUUCCUGCAACUAUGAUCAGAGUUGAUGAGGAUGAGCUGAGCGAUAAACAAAUGCAGGCAGGAGGCCUGCAGAGCGCCGGGGCUUCGGCGAUGCAACUUCCUACGAACGAUUCUCCCAAGCGAAAGUCAUGGUAUAAGCGAUUGGUUGUCAAAAGAUCAGCAACAUCCAACAACAAUAAUAGUAGUAGUACUAAUGACCGCAGUACAAAAAAGAACCGCAACCGAUCCCUAUCAGCCCCGCCCCCAAAUGCCAGUACCGGGGGGCUGACUGUUGACUAUGACUAUUCUAUGAUGAACCGAUCCGCAGAGGUAUUGGGACUAGAAUCAGUGAUGGAAGGUGUCGGCGAAAGCGAGCUACAAUUAAGUUGCAGUACCAAUGACAUUGGAGCUGUUCCGCAUAGUGCUCCGGUGAUCGUUGAGCCCCGUCAUCAGCGUUCGCGAAGUGCACCGCCUGUCUCCAUAGACUCCAGCCCUAAACAGCCUACCUCGCCAACGGCCGAGAUUCCGACUUUCAUGUUAACGGACUUCGAUCAGCCCUCACUCACCCAAUCACCUCCACAGCAUGAUUCUUUCAUCCCAAGUAAAGACAUCGACGUCACAGACCUUCUGCCAUCCCUUGCAAUCGUACCACCUCCUCAAAACGUACGAUUGUCGGCUCUAAUCAGCGACGAAGCCAUCGGUAAAUCAAUACGGUGGCAAGACCGCUUAGCAGAUACGGUGCUCCAGCAAAUGACGCAAAAAGAGAAACAGCGAAUGACGGCCAUUUUUGAGCUCCUAACAACGGAGAGGGAUUACGUACGAGAUCUAAAAAUCAUCAUUGAAAUCUUCAAAAAGCCCAUGGCCGAGCGAAAAAUCGUGAAUGCAAAAAUCAUAGACUCGAUUUUUUCCAACAUCGAGGAGCUGCUGGCAGUUAGUCAGGACUUUUUGCUCAGAUUGGAGCAGCUCUACGCCAAUCAUCCGAUAAUUGAUCGAAUAGGAAACGUGUUACUGACAAUGAUGGAGCGAUUUGUCAGUUAUACAUUGUACUGCAGCCAGCAUUCAGUAUCGGUUACGAAACAGUUGAGUUUGGCUCAGACGAAGAGAGAGUUUCGCGUGUUUCUCGAGGAAACGUACAAAAACCCGACAACCAGACAACUUGAUCUAGGCGGGUUCCUGAUCAAACCUGUGCAGCGGAUAUGCAAGUAUCCGCUACUGAUAAAGGAAAUACUCAAGAACACUGAAGAGAGCUCUGCAGACCAUGGAUUGCUGAAGGAGGCAGCUGAGAGGAUUCAAGGGAUUAUCAGUAUUGUCAACGAAGGGGCGCGGCAAGCCGACGGUGUUCGGCGAGUGGUGGAUAUACAAAAUAACUUUACAGAUAAAAUUAACAUAGUGACCCCAACUCGUCACUUAGUUCGUGAGGACGCAGUCUACGUGAACUACGCGGAAAUCAAAAAGCCGCGAAGACUCCUUCUAUUCAAUGAUCUUUUGAUAGUUGCACGCAAAGAUUGGAGGGAUAAAUACCAUCUAGUAGACCAAGCUAUCCUCAAAGACUGCAUCAUUGCGGAUGUGCAAGAGAAAGAGCAAGAUGCGGCAACCAAUCUUCUUGAACUUGAAAUCAACCCAUCUUCGGAUUCGCAUCUAGCCAUUUCAUCACGCUAUCUUUUCUCCGUCUCCUCGCCCCAGGUCAAACAAGCGUGGCUAGAUGCUUAUCGUAGCCUAACUCCAGCAAACAUUCCCAUCAGAUCCAAACAGCUCAGCGAAGCUGGCUCCAUCAUCUCAAAUCUUGAUCUCGUCGAAGAUGAAGAAGAUGUGGUAGUGGUGACAGAAGACACCGCUAAGCGCAGGGCUUCCGAGGUUGCAGCCCGUCAAGCAGCUAAAGAACGAGUAACAGAACUUGAAGCACGAUGUGACCGGGAGGGCAAGCGCGCAAUGGAAGCAGAAAGAGCUCUGGAAGCGGAGAAUGCGAAAAUAGAGGAGCUGACCUCCAAGCUGGACACUAUGGAGAAGAAGGCAAUAGAGGCUGAAACACGAGCCGCUGAGCUUUCGUCGAAAUUGUCCGAUACCAUUGCUGCUCGUACGGCGGUUGAAAAAGCCAGAGACGAAGCUAUGGAGCGCCUCACUGCGCAAGAAGCUACGCUCCUGGCGGGCGGUCGCCGUAUAGCCGAACUUGAGAAAGAAAACAAGGAACUGGGUGUUUCGAGGGAAGGCGGGCACCAGCGAGUGAAAAUGCUCACGGACGAGAUGAUACGUUUGAAUGAAACCAUCCACAAUUUACGGAGUGAUAUGGAGAGGGAGGAGAACAAACGGAUGGUCAUGGAAAGGGAGAAAUCUGCUGAACUUGCUCAAGCGCAGAAGCGCUUCGAAGAUGAAAUUAGUCAAGUUCAGAAGAGUUUUGAAGGAGUGUUUGAAAGGGAAAAGACGGAGAAAGAAGAGCUGCGGGCAGCUAUCGCAUCCAUCUCAUCCCGGCACGCAGCGGAAUUGCAAUCAACGAGGGAAGACGCAGAGGCACAGAUAAGAAAAACUCGACAGGAAGCAGAACUUUCUCUCACCCGACUUCGCGAGGAGAAUGAUGCUGCACUCCGCCGCAUUCGCGAAGAAAAUGAGUCGAUUAUCGGCCGGAUGCGAGAAGACAGUGAUGCCAAGAUUCAGUUCCUACAGGCGUCGCUCGAUCAAGAGAUACAGAACCAUGAGAUGACUCGACGUGAUAUGGAACAAGACAAAUCCAUACAAGUACAGCGCCUGACGAUUGAGUUGGAUUCCAUGAAACAAAAGGCAGUACAAGUGACAGAAGGGCUGAAGAGAUCUCUUGCUGAAGCGCAAGAGAAGCUUCGAGAGAGAGAAGCCGCCUUCCGAGCGCGAGAAGAUGCAUUCAGAGAAAAGGAGGUAGAGGGUGCAAAACUAGAAUUCGAGCGCAAUCAACACGCUUUCGAGCUGGCGAGGGUGCAUGCGGCUGUGGAAGCGGGGAAAAACGAACAACGUGCAAUGGUGGCCAACUUUGAGAAGGUCAUGCAAGAGCGGCAUCAGACGUUGACCAGGAAAGAAGCCGAGCUAGCGGAAAUUUCUCGAAAACUCACCGAAAGCACUCAGCUAAAUAUUUCCCUUCAGGCUGAGAUUGACAAGGGUCGUUAUGAAGCCAAUGAACGUCGUAGGAUUGCCGAGGAAUCGGCAACGCGGCUAAAGGAGGAACUGGCGGCCAUCAAGGCCGAACGUGUGCGUGAGCAACAACAAUACCAGGACCUGGAUCGCGCGCACCGAGAUACGUUCAAGCAGCUGGAGACUACUCGUUCACAACAGGCUCAACUCUCAGAAGCACAUCGCCGAUUGGUCGACGAAAAUGCGCGGCUUAAGGCCGGUCUAAACAACCACAGCAUCCAACUAACGCAAUUCUCCCAGGAAAAGCACGUUCUCCAAUCGCAAUUAGGAGAAGCACAUGAACGGAUCGCGAAAUUCUCGCAGGAUCUGGAUUCGUACCGUGCGGAGGAGCGAGUCUCAAAGGAAACCAUUCAAAGGCUGCAGGAUGAAGUCUAUCGCCUUGUUGUACGAGCUGAGCGAGCAGAGGUACAAGUCACGGAAUUAGAACGCAUACGGACGACCAAUGAAAGAGAAUAUGCAGAGAGUCGACAGGCGUUCCAAGCAGAGAUCGUCACCAUGAAAACCAGAAUGCAGAAAGCAGAAGACGAAGCCCGCGCCAAGCUGGAGAAAGAAGUGGCGGAAGCCCGACGACAGGGGCUGGCAGAUUCACAGAACGAGCGGCAGAGACUGUUGAAAGAGAAUGAGGAAUUGAGAGCCAAACUGCAACGGGAGACAGCAGACCUUCGACUCUUGCGAGACCGAGACACUGAAGAGAUUCGUGGCCGUUUGGAGCUUGUGGAGCGAUUAGAGUCAGAAACCAAGACAGCCAAAGGACGACUGGAACAUGAGAACGAAGCACUACGGGAUAAAAUCGGAAGAAUUGAAGCAGAAUUCCGGGAGAAGGCCAAGGCUGCAUCUUCUUUCAAAAAGCGAGCCCGCCAGUUGGAAGCUGAAAAUGAAAGCAUGGCUCAGAAGAUCCAAGAGCUGUCGGCAGCGUGGGACGAAUUGGAUGCUCGACAUCGACAUUUAGAGGGUUUGCACCGCGGUGCAGAGGAUGAAAUCAAUCAGCUCCGUGGGCGGCUGUCUGCUGCUGAGAGAGAUGCCGCAGCUGUUCAGAAUCGCUUGGAGCUAUAUAAUGAACUAGACCGCAAGUACCUGGCCCUACGUGACGAAACAGCAAAGAUUUCCAAUUCGUCACGAAGUUACGAGCAGGAAAUGCGAAAAGCACAGUUAAUAGCUGCGCGGAAGGGAAGGGAGCUAGCAGGGCUGCAAAUGGUGAUGGCUGAGAUAGCCAAGGCAAUGUCCUUGUCGCAGGGUAUGGUUAAGACGCCGUUUGGCGGACUUACCCCGAACACAUACGUCGCUCCGGACACCAGCAGUCAUCUGGUCCUACAUGGAAGCAGUGAAGCGCUCAAUACGGCUGGUACACCGUUUGAUAUUUCAUCUCAGUUAACCCACGUCGAUGAUUCCCGUAUAAUGGCAAUUCUCACGCGUAUUCACGAUAUGGCAUUGGAAAAUGACCGUCUUCGAGGAGACUUGGAGCUUGAGAGAGCAAAGCAGCAAGAGCUUCAAGAGCUCCGCACGCUAGCUGAACAGGAACGAGAUGCAAUUGUAGCCACGCUAAAGAAAUUGGAAGGGAAGCUCAAGGAUCGCACUGCCGCGCAUCGUGAACAGCUGCAGCGUGUCAGCACCUCUUCUGAGCGGUUAGCUAAGAGUGUCGAAGAUCUUGGGAGAGACAAAUCCGCCCUAGAAAAGGCACUGCAGGAGGGUAAAGACAAGAUUUCGAGCUUGGAACAGGACAAGGCGCAAUUAGAACGCCAAUUUGUAACUCUGUUUGAGCGCAUGGAAAUGUUGCAAGCCGCACACGGGAAAGAACUAGCUCGUUUAAGAGCCCAAAAUGCCGGGUUGAGCAAGGAAGUGGAGCUAAUCACGGUCACCCGGAACGAAGCUCUUCGGAAGGCUGAGGACGCUUCGGAAAAAAUGAAAGAAGCGGAACUUGAGCGAACACAUCUCAAACACCUCGCAGAAUCGUUGUCAGAAACAAAGCAAAAGACGCAGGUGCUUCUUGAAACAGCGAAUGCUACCAGCCGCCAGCUCGCCGAAGAGCUUGCACGGUGUAAAGCCGAACUUGGGGCCGUCCGCGCAAAAUGGGAGGAAAUUAACUCUCGCUCGGCGGACGCCGAGCGGCGACUAAAUUCGCAAAAGGUGGCCCUAGAGCGUGGCGUCAUUGACUUGGCAUCGGCUGGAGAUGAGCUGGAACGACGUUCCCAAGUUGUUGCGGUUCAUCGAAGCAUGCUGGAAGAAACUCAAGUAGAGUUCGAACGAGUUCUGGCCGGACGUGAUGCGCAGAUCGAGUCGUUAUACAGCGAAUUGCAGGCUGCCGCCAGUCGGGAAGGAAAACUUCAGGAUCAACUGAAAACCGUUACGGGGGAACUUCAGUGGGAGCAAAUACAAGCCGAAGAGGCUCGAUCUGAAGCUAAUAAUUUGCGUGCAGCCUAUAAAGCGUUGCAGGCUAAGAUUGUUCAUUCAGAUGCGCAAGUGAAUCGCAAUAGUUCUCGUCUUGCAAGCCUGGCAAGCGACCUAGAUCGAGACGAGAUCGAACCGUCGACUCCGGAACGUCGCUCGCUUACUGGAUUGCUACGAGAUGAAAGUGGUCCCUCAUCUCCACUGAUUCAUUCGGUUGCGGGCAUGUUUCGGGACUCGCCCACCAGAAUGCGCCACGAUACACAGUCGGGACCAGACCACUCAGUCAAACCCGCCCUCAGUCGGAAGUGCGGGCAAAUCAUUGAAAUCCUUUUUGCUUGCGAACGGCUUCUUGCUACAGUUUCUGAAAACCAUUCUCGCCCAGAGACGAGUCUGCGAAAUUCGGUGGCAUCACAACAAACCUCUGUCUCGGACAGCGUUACCAGCAGCACGUUUGCUCUUCAACAGCUUUCAUACCUCGUUACCACAGCGCGUCAGGAUGCUGCUGCAGGAGCCCUUCGCGAGAUUCGCGUUGGUUUGAUGCGCGCAAAAGCAUUAGUAGAGGAACUGGCGGAUUCUCGGACUCAGCCAGACGACACACGAAAGCGACUAGUAGCAAUUCGGAGUCCCUUGGCCUCCGGACGAGACUUAUCACGGAGAAGUAUAGAUAAAGGUCGGCGUGCAUCUAUGCCAGCCGCCCUGUAAGUAUAAGGUAAACCACAAUUGUAGAUAGGAGAUCGUAAUGUUAAGACAAUACCAGCAUGGAAUGUAUGCAAUAAUUUCAAAAUCUAUGUUAUUUUACAC